UAGUAGACACGUAACGGUCGCCCGAUUUCAAAAGUUUACGCGCUUUGUUUCGGUUGCAAAAUGUAAAGUUCUCGAAAGAAAAUCUUAAAUAACGUCGCGAUGACGGAAAAAUUAAAGGACUAUCAAGUACUCGACGUGUUUUGUAGUGGCACGUUGUAUAAAGUGAGACACAAGGUCACAAACAGCAUAUUUGCGUGGAAGGCGUACAAUUGCUCCGCGUUCUCCGAUGAACAAAUACAAAACGUCGAUAAUGAAGUGAAAACAUUGAGCAAAACUAUAUCUGGCAACUUCCUUCGGUACUACGAUACGAUACUACAUGGCCCGACCAAAACACUUUAUUUUGUUCUCGAAUACAUUUCUUGGCAGAGCGUACAGGAAUUGAUCGCACUAUGCAAGGCCACCGACAAGCAUUUCACUGAGGAUUUCAUCUGGUAUACUUUGCUGGAGCUCGCGCGCACCUGUAAGUUUCUAGAAGAGUUGAACUUCGUCGCCUUGAAGAAAUGUCUCUCGCCCGAGGCGAUCUUCGUGGGACCCAACGGGGAGCUGCGGGUCAACUGCUUCGAGCUCGCUGCCGAUCUUUCGGGGACGACAGACUUGAUCCAGCAAGUGGGAGACUUGAUACGCACCCUUUGCUACUUACCCGGGGCGUGCGACGACAAGAUCAAAGAGUUCCACUAUAGUGAUGACCUCCAAGACGUAAUUAAUUUCCUCACCGAUGCCAAGACCGACUACUUGCAGGCUGAUGUCGUUAUUUACCAUCCAACAGUUUUAGCCAACACAAACACCCUGGCAGGACCCUACUGUUUCUCAGACAUACUUGCCUCCACUGAAACUACAAUAUUAACUUCCGAAGCAAACAAAUGUGAUUCUGAGAAAGCUGUAGAGCAAUGCAGGAGCAUAGAACCCCUUCCUAGAAAACAUGUCACUGUUGACAGCCCUGUUUACAGCAAUAUCAGCCCCAAACAGAAAAUAAAUCAUUAUAUUGAAGAGAGUAGCUCUCCAUGGCAGCCUGUGUCUCCAGUCAUCGCAGCAUUGGCUUUAGAGCUGCCAGGUUAUGUGCCUCGUAGCAGAAAACCUUAUAGUGAGGCAUUGGAGAGAUAUAAUGGCCCCCAAAAGGUGUCUGAGGACACUCUCAGCCAUCAAUGGAUGUCUCGCCUCAUAGCAUUGAGAGAAAGAGAGGAGUCACUAAAUAUAAGGGAAAAGAUCUUGAUAACUAAAGAGAUAAUAAACAGUCCAACUAUGGAAAUAGUUUCUUUUAAUGAGUCAUGGGGUGAGCAGAGUGGCAUCAAAACAAAUGGAAUAACUUUGCCACAAGUUCUCAACCAAGCAAGUGAAGUUGCAAACAACUGGGUUUCACGUCGGCGACAGAGGAGAUCCAGUUCAGUACGUACAAGGCCUCGGAGGAAAAGCUAUGCCUAUGAGGACCUAGACAGCUCCUUGUCGGCGGAUAAUGGAGAUGACAGCAUGAUCAUAACUGCUGCAAAAAUAACUAAGGAGAACAUGCCUCGUAGGAAUAUAUUCCCUGAAGUGACUACAAAGAAAGUGCAUUUUACACCUACUAACCCUUUUAUUGACAGUGAUGAGAGUGUAACUUUGACUUUUUAUGAGUUAGAAAAUGUUAAAGGUGAUAGCAAAGUGAUCCAGACAGAUGAGAAGCCGUUUAAAGACAUCAGCAAGUUCAAAUAUUUAGACCUGCAAAAGUUGCCUUCAGAGAAGAGAUCUGCAAUGCAAUUGAAUCAGCCCUCACCUUCUAAACAAGCCAAAAUAACAGGUAAAGUGUUCACGGAUAUAACAAAUAUAAACAGAUGCAAGACACCUUCCAAAACCAGCCUUUUCUCGAAAGGUUUGCGAAAAUCAAUGAUAUGUACAAACAGUCAGUUGGGUAAUGAUUCUAAAGCAGGCAAGAGUAAUUCUAAUGAGCUGACUAUUACUAAUAGUAAGCUUCCUUACAAUCAGACUCCUAAAGCACCACCAGAACUCAAGAAAUCAAAGAGAAAGUCUCUCUUGCCUUUUAAAACUCCAUUUAAGUUUAAGACUUCUACAAAAGUUUAACUACUGAUAAAUUUACAAAGUUUACAUCUAGAAACUUAUUUCUAUUUCAUUUUAUUAAAGUGUCAUAUUAGUUUUAAGUUUUAUUUCUCUUGGUUGUGGUUUUUUGUGCUUCUUUAUCUUAAGUUUAGUGAGCUUUUUAUAUAUUAUUUUGCAGUUCCAACAAAUUAUGGAACAAACAAAUUGUGAAUUAUAUUAUGAUUUUAAGUUUAUUUUUUCUUUAUAUAAGAAAAUAAAACGGACACAACCCACCCAAACUGUAGCCAUUAGUGAAAUAUUUAAUAUUGUUUCUACAAUAUUAUAUUUGUAUAGUAUUACGAUUUUAUAAAACAAAUGUCUAUGAGAUUAUUAAAUCUACUAUCUAAUAAAUAUAAAUUGAAUAUUUUUUUAUGUAAAAAAACAAUGAUAUCUUAUGAGAUAAAAUUCUUAGUCUUUAGUCUUCCAAGCUUCCAUAGC